GGAACAUCUUUGCCAUCUGAGUGCACUAUUUGCUUAGAAGAUUUUCAUGGAGAUAAUUCAGAAAGGAUUAAUCAACACGGAGGAAAUCAUAAGAUAUGCAUGUUGCACGAGUGCAAACAUAUGUUUCAUGCUGAUUGCAUUAAGAUGUGGGUGAAUUCUAAAAUGGGAAUAUCAACCCAUACUUGCCCCAACUGCAGAAAAUUUAUCAGUGAUUCUGUCUUAUCCGCACAAUGCCCAACCAAACAAGCCCAAGAAAUUUUCGCGCUAGAAGCUUCACCUGCUGUUGCUAAAAAUGGUAGUCCACUCACUCUGUAUCCCAAGAUUUCCAACUGUUAGCUGCUCCAUCUCUCCAAAUCUUAACCCCAAACACUUCCAGUCUACACCAAAUCCUCAACUUCAACUCAAAUUCCAUACAACUUACAGAGAAAAUAUCAGAUACCUCAAAACACUAGGAAUCAUAUCAAAUAAAAACAGCAACGCAAACAAAUUCUUCUCUGCUGAAACACUAGACAGAAUUCUAUCCAUUGUGAAUUUUCUCAGUUCCAAGGGAUUUACUGAUUUUCAGAUUCAGAGACUUUCAUUUCUGUGUCCGAAAAUUUUCUUCUCUGAUAUAGACACAACCGAUAUCGAACCGGUGUUGGAUUUCUUAACUAAAGAUCUUUCUGCUACUCAAGAUGAAGCUUGUGGCUUGGUUGUCAAGUGCCCGGAUAUUCUUUUCUCUGAUGUUCGGUUCUGUCUAAGACCAACACUUCUUUUUCUUAGGGAAAUUGGAUUAGAUAAAUUGAACUCACCUACUUCUUUGAAUGCGCAUUUACUCAAUACUCGAGUUGGGAAGCUCACUGCAAAGAUAAGGUUCUUGGAAAGUCUGGGGUUUUCUUGCGAAGAAUCGAGUAGAAUUUGUGCUCGAUUGCCGGCCAUAUUUGGUUACAGUGUAGACAAUAAUCUGAUGCCAAAGAUUGAGUAUUUGGUCAGGGAGAUGGAUAGGAGUAUCGACGAAUUGGAAGCGUUUCCGCAAUAUCUAGCAUUCAGUUUAGAGAAAAGGAUUGUUCCACGGCAUUUGCAUUUGAAAGAGAGGAAUGUUAUAAUACCAUUGCACAAAAUGUUGCUGUGGAGUGAUCAAAAGUUUUAUGCGAAAUGGAAAUGAAAUCGAUGUGUGAGAAAACAGUUAGCAGGAGUAUAAGUACCUGUGGUGGAACUCCUAAUUCAAGAAA